AUGGUCUCCGCCAAGACCUCCGCGUCAACUUCCGGGCUCCGAAAGGACACCCUCCUAUCGCGACGGUAUAUCGAGGGCCAGAUCGCCGAAGGAAAGCACAUUCUCAUCUAUGACGACCGGGUCUUAAAGGUGGAUGCAUGGAUUCCAUUUCACCCUGGAGGUGACAAGUCCAUCAAGCAUAUGGUCGGCAGAGAUGCCACGGACGAGAUCAAUGCGUUACACUCCAAGGAAGCUCGUCAGCGCAUGUUGUCGUUCCAAAUCGGUCGCAUCCAGGGACCAUGGUUGAAUUUCCUCCCACCCAUUCAAGGCGGGAAGUUCCGUCCUUGCACCCAGGAAUCACUCUCCUCCGAUGAAGACAGCUCCAGUUAUGAAAACUCUCGCCCGCCGUCUCCUAUUUUUGAACCGCAAGAAACUCCCGGUCUGCGCCGCCGCAAGUCCAGCUCAACGGAUACCUCGGUUUCCACACCGCCCAACCAGGCGGUUGAGCCCAAGCCCUUCUUCUUGGAUGCGCGAACCCAGGAGGAGAUCGUGUUCGACACUGCCAAAUACCCCUCUCUCGAUACAGAGAAUCAGGAAAAUAUCAAGCGCAAAUACCGGGAGCUUGACCAGCGGAUCCGCGACGAAGGGCUCUACCAGUGCAAUUACUUCUCAUACUUCAUCGAAGCUUGUCGAUAUACGCUCUUCGCCGCCUUGUCAUAUCUCUUCCUUCGGCUAGGAUGGUAUGGGACGUCGGGGUUCUUCCUGGGGUGUUUCUGGCACCAACUGGUCUUCACCGCCCAUGAUGCUGGCCAUAUGGGUAUCACUCAUCAUUUCCAUGUAGACACCGUGAUCGGAGUCAUUAUUGCCGAUUAUCUAGGUGGUCUGAGCCUGGGCUGGUGGAAGCGCAACCACAAUGUCCAUCACAUUGUGACCAAUGCCCCCGAGCACGACCCGGAUAUCGAACAUAUGCCUUUCUUCGCCAUCUCCCAUCGCUUCCUCACCAAUCUGCGCAGCACAUAUUACGAGCGGAUCAUGUACCUCGAUGCCGCGGCCAAGGUUCUGCUCAAGUAUCAACACUACCUCUACUACCCCAUCCUUCUCUUUGGCCGGUUCAACCUGUACCGUCUCAGUUGGGAAUACCUCCUGUUGGGUCAAGCCCCCAAGAAAGGGCCUGCCUGGUGGCAUCGCUGGUUCGAAAUUGCUGGCCAGAUCUUCUUCUGGACAUGGUUCGGCUACGGGAUUCUUUACUGCACCAUUCCUACCUGGUCCGGCCGUCUGUCAUUCCUUAUGAUCUCUCACAUGGUCACGGCCCCGCUGCAUGUGCAGAUUACGCUUUCUCACUUUGCCAUGUCUACCGCUGAUCUCGGCGUCCACGAGUCAUUUCCCCAGAAAAUGCUCCGGACCACCAUGGAUGUUGAUUGCCCCACUUGGCUGGACUUCUUCCACGGCGGUCUGCAGUUCCAGGCCAUCCAUCAUCUCUACCCCCGAAUCCCUCGCCACAACCUGCGGCGCACCCAGAAACUCGUACUGGACUUUUGUCGCGACACGGGCAUUCCGUAUGCCAUCUUCACCUUUUACGAUGGUAAUAAGGAAGUCAUCUCGAGACUGGGUGAUGUCGCCAAGCAACUCCGUCUUCUUGAAGAGUGUCGGAAGUCGUGUGCGGAGGAAGGCGUCUUUUCCGAUCAUCACCACUAG